AUGAGAACGUUCCAUACUGUAGCGUUACUGGCGACGACCGUACUGGCCCUGCUGGUGGUUAGCAUCGACGCGACGCACUUCGAGGGUACCAUCGAUUGGAGUCAGGUACGACCGUUGGGUGAGUUUCCACACAUUGCCGCCCGUAUCGAGCAGCUAAAGAGUGCCGAAUAUCGACGAGGUGGCAACCCUGGACCACUGCACCGUGCACCGACAUCGCGUAUCGUCGGAGGAUCGAUUGCGAGCGCUGGACAGAUUCCUUAUCAGGCAGCCAUUUUGGCCGAUCUUGAUGGUGGACAGGCGCUCUGCGGUGGUGUGUUGCUGUCGGCUAACUAUGUCCUUACGGCGGGCGUCUGCGUUGAUGGUGCUUCCGGUGGUGUCGUCGUUCUGGGUGCACUGAAUCUACAGAACGAGCAGGAAGCGGGUCAGGUCAGGCUGUCGUUCACCGCUGGUGAUGUUCGGAUGCACGAAGAGUUUCUGGCCGUCAUCUUCCGCAACAAUGUCGCCGUCAUUCGACUAUCCCAACCGGUUACGUUCAGUGAUCGUAUCCAACCGGUUCGUCUACCGACCGCUACCGAUACUCGAACGUUUGCCGGAACGCUUGGAACGGUCAGUGGUUUCGGUCGUACGUCAGAUGCCAGUACCUCGUUCUCGGAUGUGCUACGUUACGUCCGCAAUCCCAUUAUGACCAACGCGGAUUGCUUCGACACGGCGUGGGGUGGGCUGAUCGAUGCGCAGAAGCUUUGCCUUCAGUUCCUUAACACACAGGCACCGUGUGAAGGUGAUAUCGGUGGACCGCUAACGGUGGUUGAUGCCGGUAACACCCUGCUGGUCGGGUUGUACUCGUUCGGGUCGGUUCUCGGCUGUGAGGUUGAUUGGCCAACUGCCUUCGUCCGCAUUACGUUUUACCGUCAAUGGAUCGUCGCCAACACCGACGUAACGGUGGCAUAA